AUCAGCUCUCUGCCCUGUGGAUUCGUUCAACGAAAUCUCCUUCAUUUCGAAAUAAACCAAUUAUUAUCGCGUGUUAAUUACAAGAUAAUGUAACCGAGGAAUACGGAAUCAUAUCCACCGCAAAUGUCAAAGAACGUUAAGAUGGAACACAAGGAGAGUGAAAGCAAGAACAGCAAGAAACAAUUGGUAUGCGCAUCCAAUCGGAAUCCUACGCAAGCGCGAUCGGUUGGGAGGCUGCUGAACACGAAGGACCACAGAGACAGUUGCUUGAAGCUGUUGAAGUUCAUCGCCGAUUCCGAUCUAACGUUGACGCAAGUGAACGGUCAGAGGAAGCUGGGACCACCACCGGGAUGGACGGGACCUCCGCCCAGCCCCAAAUGCGAGAUCUUCGUCGGCAGCAUCCCCCGAAACUAUUACGAGCCCGAGAUCGUGCAAAUAUUCAGCACCGCAGGCCGAAUUUACGAGUUACGCUUGAUGAUGGACUUUUCCGGCACGAAUCGAGGCUAUUGUUUCAUCAUGUACGCCACCGAGGAAGAAGCAGCGCGGGCUGUGAGGGAACUGGACCAAUUCGAGAUUUAUCCUGGGAAAAAGAUCGGCGUGGUGGCUAGCGUGAAUAAUCGGCGACUUUACAUGAAUCACCUGCCGCCAGAUAUAAGUACUGAAACCAUUAUCAAGCGUAUAUACGAAAUAACCGACAAUAUCGAGAAGGUUGCAGUUUAUAGGAGUUUGGACGGUAUGCUGAAUUAUGUGUUGGUUUCGUACAUGACGCAUCGAGGCGCUGCGAUGGGGAGGAGAAGGCUGGUGCCCGAAUCGGCGACACUUUUCCCGAACUGCGAAGUGAACGUUGAGUGGGCGAAUCCGAAUAUCAGUCCUUGGAACGUGUGCGAAGAGAUCGGGACCUGCGACAAGGACGGCAAAGUUGACGUAGAGACGAAGUUCCUCUUGCCAGUGAAGUCGAAAAACUCGGUGCUCCGAUCGAAACAGCCGAAAAUCCUGGAUAAACGAUGGAUCAAUCCAAACAGACCGCAGUCGUGCAAAUCGCUCGAUCUAUCGAAUCGCAAAACGCGAGCGAUAAAAGCAGCUCCGGAAAACUUUAAAAAAACAGCGAAUUGCUCGUCGAAUUGUUCGUUCGAGCCAGGCCCACCGAAAAGUCUCGUGUGGCCUAAUUACUCGUUGACAGAAAUUAGGAACGGGUACAAAGGGAAUCUCAGAAAUACUGUGGAGCAAUCUUCGCUCUACGAAAAUUUGAAGAAUCACGUUCCGCAUCCAUCAAGCAUGAUUCUUCCGUCGAUCAGUGCUCUUCUGAGGAAAGGGAGAAACGCGAAGAGUCUGAAAUUAAACGAACCUCCAAAAUAUUCGGAAAAUAUAUUCAAUCGUCAAAUCACCGCGAAUAUACCAAACACGGCUUACACCGGGUUUAACGAUUACGCACUCAAUUAUUGUUGUCAGUGUGAUUUCUACGGGCACAAACAUUCUAUUUUAGGAAGCUUGAAUAAUUAUCAAUCUACAAAUCCUUCGGUGGAUAGUCUGUCACCGAAGGUUUCGGCAGCUUUAAUUAUUCCCGAAGAAAAGGACUAUAAAAGACAGAUCGUUUUCGCGAGUAACGAUAACAGCAUGCGAGGAAAUGUAAAUAUUUCUAAUGACCAAGCGUUGCUCGACGCUAAUUCUCAGUUUGUAAAUCAUUAUCAAUACAACGGUUAUUAUCAGAAUUACGCUGUUAAUGGCACCGAGCAGAAUGCAGCGUCCUCGAUUUCUUUAAACGAUCGAAUUCCGGGACAGAAUUUAUACAAUCGAGGAUUCGUGAAUCAGGAGCCGAGUCGCGAGCAUUUAUCGCAACAGUUUUCGUCGAGUAAUCUACAGUCGGUCGGAUGGUACCCUAGAAUGGCGGACAAUCAGUCGAUUUCAUGCGGGAGUCGAAACUUUCCGGAAUUGCCUAACGGGUUUUACGAUUAUCAAGUUUAUAGUCCGCAAAACGCGAGAGACGCCGCGUACUUUGAUAGGAAAAUCAAUGAUGGAUCUGUUUCGGGUACUGUAGCCAAUGCCAGCGAUACAUUCGCGUGGAAUAAUCCCGUGAAACCUUCGGUUUAUGCUAACGACGGGGUUUUUACGAGAAACAGGGAAUUGUUCGAUACAGACGAAGAAAACUGUUACGCGAACAGAUUAUGAAGUGUUGGAACGCGAAUAUCGAACUUAAUUACUGAUCAUUUUACGUUUUUUAACGUGCAUACUAUAAGUUAUUAAAAAUGGUAUGAGAAGAAGGUAGUCGAUAGUGUAUAAUAAUUUUUACCUGAGACGUUUGUUUGUUUAUUUUUUUUACCAAAGAAACUGAAGUGCACGAUAAAAGUAUAGGGUAGAACGCAUAUUUUUUGAGCACUGUGUAUUACACGAGUGAAGAGUGAUUAUCUGUGUAGCUUCGUUGGGUGCCAUUAUGCAAGAGAGUUGAUAGAGAUAGAGAGAGAAAAAAAAUAGAUUUCUGGCUGCGGGUGAUAAGUUGAAUCGAUGCAAAUACUUCACGGAAAUAUCUCGACCCCAGUGGCGAAGUUUCAUCUGUGUAAACAAGUCGAUCGGUGAUGAUUUCUGAUCGAGAAAUAAAUCAAUACGGAUUUCUUACGAUCAGUGUGAUGUAAUAAGUGAAUUUGAGAACAUUUAUAUUAAUAUAUUAAUUACAGACGAACGAUUUACAUUUACGAUUGCGCAGUUCAAAGUACGAGGAUGGUUUUGUUUUAUACCAAAGAUUAGAAGCGUUUAUUAAUGAUAAUUAAGAAUUAAGCAAUCGCUAUUUCUAACUAUUAUUGUAAUCAUAGAAGCUAUUUGUACACCAAAGAAUCGAUCUUUGUAUAAUUUUGUUUUCUAACGGCACGUCG